CGUGAAAAUAAACAAACAUUUGUUUGCUGCUGGUGUUGUGGAAAGAAUGGAUUUAAAAAUUGAACUAUUUGAAACGGUACCUUGUUUGCUGUGUUUAAGCAGUCAGGAACAAGCAAACUCUCUUUGUAGCGAGCUGGAACCGAAGGUGGUAUCGGUUUUGUGUCGCCAUUUCUGGUUCACUGCAGAGGACAUUCAGCAGAAGUACGUGUGCAGUGCGUGCUGGGCACAGGUGGACGAAUUUAACACUUUCUACGAGCUAGUAGAAAGAAUACACCAUGCAGAAGAACAGAAUCAACAGGAUGGAAGCAAACUGGAACCGUUACCAACGGAAGAUUCGUGUGCGUACGCGGAAAGCCCAGAAACAGAUGAAAUUCACGAAUCCUUUCCGGAUGAUUCAGACUCGGAAACUGUUCUUAUUGAAACAUCAGAGGAAUUGAAUUUGGAAGAAGUCAGUGGGGAAAGUGUCGUUUUUACAAUAGAACGGAAUACCAAAGAAUCUCCCCAACAAAGUGAUGAGAUCGAAACAGGACCAAACUUUGACAAUGAGAUCGAAUUCGAGCACCACGAAGAGUCUGAAGAUGCGACGCAAAACGGGCCAGAAGUGGCGGAAAGCUAUAAAUGUGACCAGUGUGAUCGCGUGUACCCCAAGCGGCAUCUGCUAAAUAGACAUCGAAAGCAACACGUUGCUGAAAAUGGCUUACAAUUCGCAUGUUCAGAAUGUGGAAAUGAAUACUUAUCAGAAACGCGACUACAGCAACACAAAAAGCGUGUUCAUGGGCCAGGAUUUAUGUGUGACGCCUGCCCAAAGUGGUACAAAACUGGGGAAGCGUUGCGCCGUCAUCAAAAGGAUAGCCACAAUCCGUACGAAACGGAGCGGGUAGAAUGCCACAUAUGCAAACGAUGGUUGAAAAACAAGGGCAGCCUCAGAAAACACUUAAAUCGACACAAAACGAGCGGAAUGCAAAACGUGUGCGAAAUCUGUGGAAAGGUCGCACCCACGCAUACGGCCCUGAAAAGCCACAAGCUGUUUGUGCACAAGAUGCAAAAGUCUUACCAGUGCAACGUUUGCUACAAAGCUUUCAAACGAGCAUUCACAUUGGAGGAGCACAUGACGAUACACACAGGCAGCACGCUGUACAAAUGUCCGCACUGUCCGAAAACGUUCAACUCGUCCGCCAACUUGCAUGGGCACAAGAAAAAAGCGCACCCGAAAGAGUGGGAAAGAAGCCGCAUCGAGUAUGAGAAGCGAUUUGUGGGCGAUAGCAUUUACGAGGAGGAGAUAAUUGUUGUGUAAAAUGUUGUGUUCGAAAUUAAAACUAAACCAUGGGUACGAUUGAAUAUUAAAUAUAUCAUCAUAUUUAUUAGAAAAU